UGGCCAGCUACAUGUUUUACAAGAAUAAAGUGGGAUUUCAGGUAUCAGUUAUCAGAAUGCCGCCACAUCAUAUCAUCAUCUCGUCCGUUACCGGACCCGACCCGUAAACUUCCUCUCCUCCCUCCUCCCUCGCGCCCUUUCUUGAUUUCUGAUAACCCACAACUAAAAGAAGGGAAAAUCGAAGAAAAUGGGAAGCUCAAAUGCUGGAGUAUCGGACGAUUCCACAACCAUCUCUGAUGAAGUUGGUGGCACCACUCAUGAUACUGACAUUGACGUGGUUGACUCCAGUCGUUUUCAAGAAGGUGAAAGAGUACUCGCCUUUCAUAGCCAACAACUUUAUGAAGCUAAGAUUCAAAAAGCUGAGUUUCAAAUGAGGGAGUGGAGAUAUUUUGUUCAUUAUCUUGGUUGGAACAAAAACUGGGAUGAAUGGGUGGGCAUAGAUCGACUGAUGAAACUCACAGAAGAGAAUAUUCAGAAGCAGCAGGAGCUUAAGAAAAAACAGGAUACAGAUAAGAGUUCAAAGGGUGGACGUGGAUCACAAAUGAAAACAAAAGGCUCCACAGGGGGAAGAGGCAGAAAGCGAAAGAGUGAUGUUCCGCACAAGGACAAGUAUGCUCCUCCUCCAGAAAAGCUUGUCAAUAUCCAAAUACCACCACAAUUAAAGAAACAGCUGAUUGAUGAUUGUGAAUUUGUCAACCACUUGGGCAAGGUAAAGACAUUGUAUAGAAGAUGUUUUGAGGGUUUAGAAACUCCAAAUUACUCCUUGAAAGCUAAUUGUAUAGUUUUGUUAUAUAGCUGGAGUAACCUCUCCCCUAUUAGCUCCCCCGAAUUAUUUCUGGAUUUUGUUAGCUCCCUAACACUAGUCUGGUUCUUNUUAAAGAAGUAUCAUGACUAUCGGCUGAAAAAGGAUGGAGUGAUAUCUGAUUCGGUUGGAGAGAUUCUUAGUGGUUUGCAAUGCUACUUCGACAAAGCACUGCCUGCUAUGCUCCUUUACAAGAACGAGCGGGAACAAUACCAAGAAUCAAUUAGAGAUGAUGCCGCUCCUUCCUCCAUAUAUGGAGCCGAGCAUUUAUUACGGCUUUUUGUUAAGUUGCCAGAGAUUCUGUUCUACGCAAGUAUUGAAGAUGAAACAUUAACAGAGUUGAGGCAGAAGUUACAAGACUUUCUCAGAUUCCUGCAGAAGAAUCAAAGUGCAUUUUUCCUGUCCAUGUACCAUUCUGCGGAAGGUUUUGAUGUGGCUGACAAGAAACAGGAUAACUGAGUUGGAACUUUUCUUCUCUAGUGUACAUUCUAUAUCACACCUACUAUGUAUAUUCUCUGUUCUCCAAUGCAGAACUAUGUUGUAUUACCAGGGAUGUUACUAGUAAAUUUUGCUGCAUAGUAGCUCGCACAUGUUUUCCUACUUAUUGCCUGUGCAGUGGCUAUUCCAGUGUUCUGGUUGUCCAGCUAAAUCUUUUCUCUUGAAAACAGGUACUUAUGUACCCUACUAACUUGUGUUACAUAUGGGAAAGAAAUUUGCUCUGCAAUAACUAAUAGGAGGUGUCGACAAUGUAAGGUGCAUUGAGUUGUCUUUACAUAAGACGGUAUUUCCUAUUUCAUGGCAUGA